UUUAGAACCUAGUACAUAGAUAUCAAUAAUACUUAUUUGAACGAAGGAAUGAAUAAUUAUAAUUGCAUGGUUUUCUGAUUACAUCGUCUCCCCCAAAUCAUUUCCAAACUCCUUUUAGCCCCCUAGAUUAUUACAUAGAGAGAAUACAAUUGUAGCAAUUCUUUUCGAAGACAACGCAUGGUGGCGCUGCAGGCUAAGGCGUCAAAAAUAAAGCCCAGGAAAUGCUACGAACUCUCCCUCAGACCUCUAGCGGAGGAGAAAAGCCUGUAAGCAGAGCUCAGGACCAGUAGGUCUCCAGAGAACUCGACUCACCGACAUUUCCGGACAGGUUACCAACUGAGACAUCCAUUACUGUCUGAGUCCCAUCGCUCCCUAAGGUAGAUCUGGGGCCCUGUUCCUGGAAAGCUUUUGUGAAAGUAAAGAUGCAGGCCGGAGGGGCGCGCUUUCCUAAACAAAGGCAAGUCCUGAUUCUUUUUCUCUUGCUGGGAGUGGUUCUGGCAGGCUGGGAAUCCCGUCGCUAUUCUGUGAUGGAGGAAACAGAGAGCGGUUCCUUUGUAGCCAACCUGGCCAAGGACUUGGGUCUAGGAGUGGGGGAGCUAGCUGAGCGGGGAGCCCGGGUAGUCUCUGAGGAUAACGAACCCCGCUUACAGCUUGAUCUGCAGACUGGGGAGUUGAUAUUAAAUGAGAAGCUGGACCGGGAGGAGAUGUGCGGCCCCACUGAUCCAUGUGUAAUGCAUUUCCAAGUGUUACUGAAAAAACCGUUGGGAGUAUUUCGAGCUGAGCUACUGGUGAGAGACAUAAACGAUCAUUCUCCUGAGUUUCCUGAAAGAGAAAUGACGCUGAAAAUCCCAGAAAGUAGCCCUCCUGGGACCGUGUUUCCUCUGAAAACAGCUCAGGACUUGGACGUGGGCAACAAUAACAUUCAAAAUUACAAUAUCAGUCCCAACUCUCAUUUCCGUGUUUCCACCCGCAACUGGGGGGACGGCAGAAAAUAUCCAGAGCUGGUGCUGGACAAAGAGCUGGACCGCGAGGAGCAGCCGGAGCUCAGAUUAACCCUCACGGCGCUGGACGGCGGCUCUCCACCCCGGUCCGGCACCGCCCAGGUCAGCAUCCUGGUCCUGGACGUCAAUGACAACGCCCCUGAGUUUGCGCAGACGCUAUACCAGGUGCAGGUCCCCGAGAACAGCCCUGUAGGCACCCUAGUUGUCAAGGUCUCUGCUAGAGAUUUAGACACCGGGACAAAUGGAGAGAUAUCAUACUCCCUUUUUUAUAGUUCUCAGGAGAUAAGCACAACUUUUGAGCUAAACAGUCUGUCAGGAGAAGUUCGACUAAUCAAAAAACUAGAUUUUGAGACAAUAUCCUCAUAUGAGCUGUAUAUAGAUGCGUCUGAUGGUGGGGGACUUUCUGGAAAAUGCUCUGUCUCCGUCGAGGUGGUGGAUGUUAACGAUAACUCCCCAGAACUAACUAUUUCAUCACUUACCAACCCCGUUCCUGAAAAUACCCCUGUGACAGAGGUGGCCCUGUUUAGGAUUCGAGACCGAGACUCAGGGGACAACGGAAGGAUGACUUGCUCCAUCCAGGAUGAUCUCCCCUUCCUCUUGAAACCAUCUGCAGAGAAUUUCUACACCCUGGUAACAAAUGGGGCACUGGACAGAGAGAGCAGAGCUGAGUAUAAUGUCACCGUUACAGUUACCGACUUGGGGACACCCAGGCUGAAAACCGAGCACAGCAUAACCGUGCUGGUCUCCGACGUCAAUGACAACGCCCCCGCCUUCACCCAAACCUCCUACACCCUGCGGGUCCGCGAGAACAACAGCCCCGCCCUGCACAUCGGCAGCGUCAGCGCCACAGACGCAGACGCGGGCGCCAACGCCCAGGUCACCUACUCGCUGCUGCCGCCCCACGACCCGCGCCUGCCCCUCGCCUCCCUCGUGUCCAUCAACGCGGACAACGGGCACCUGUUCGCCCUGCGGUCCCUGGACUACGAGGCCCUGCAGGCCUUCGAGUUCGGCGUGGGCGCCACAGACCGAGGCUCGCCGGCGCGGAGCAGCCAGGCGCUGGUGCGCGUGCUGGUGCUGGACGACAACGACAACUCGCCCUUCGUGCUCUACCCGCUGCAGAACGGCUCGGCGCCCUGCACCGAGCUGGUGCCCAGGGCGGCCGAGGCGGGCUACCUGGUGAGCAAGGUGGUGGCGGUGGACGGCGACUCGGGCCAGAACGCCUGGCUGUCGUACCAGCUGCUCAAGGCCACGGAGCCCGGGCUGUUCGGCGUGUGGGCGCACAACGGCGAGGUGCGCACGGCCAGGCCGCCGAGCGAGCGCGACGCGCCCAAGCACAGGCUGCUGGUGCUGGUCAAGGACAACGGCGAGCCGCCGCGCUCGGCCAGCGUCACGCUGCACGUGCUGCUGGUGGACGGCUUCUCGCAGCCCUACCUGCCGCUGCCGGAGGCGGCGGCCGAGCAGGCGCAGGCCGACCCGCUCACCGUCUACUUGGUCAUCGCCCUGGCCGCGGUGUCGUCGCUCUUCCUCUUCUCGGUGCUCGCGUUCAUCGCGGUGCGGCUGUGCGGGAGGAGCAGGGCCGCCUCGCUAGGUCGCUGCUCGGUGCCUGAGGGCCACUUUCCGGGCCACCUGGUGGACGUCGGCGGUACUGGGACCCUGUCCCAGAGCCACCAGUAUGAGGUGUGUCUGAUGGGAGACUCUGGGAGUAAUGAGUUCAAGUUCUUGAAGCCCAUCUUCCCCAACAAUCUAGGCCAGGACCUUGGGAGAAAGUCAGAAGGAAAUUCAAUCUUCCAGAAUAGUUUAGGUAUCUGAAACUUCCCUGCUGCCAUACGUUAGUUUUGUCUCCUCCACCUUUCCCUUUUCUUUUUUAAAUCCAGUAGUAAUCUUUAAUUCUGCUUGUUUUUCUUCUUUCUUCUACUGUUUUCCUUAGUAAAGUUACUCUUCGUUUUGUUGGCCUGGUUGCCCUAUAAUUAUUUUUUCAGUUAUUGUGUUGUUAGUAAAAAUUUUACAUCAGGAAAUUUCGUUUUUCUGGUUAAAUUUUUAGUACUCAUUCCUAAAGGAUAAUAUGAAAGUUAACCUCUCAGAAUAAACGUAAUUCUAGUUUUAACAUACUUCUCACUAUAUGAUUCUACAUAAGAAUGUCUGAUUCCUUUUUAUCAUACUUCAUUUUUAAAUUAUUGGAAGUCGUUUAGUUUGUAUUAUUUACACAGCUAUGACUUUUCUGUAACCUUUUCCUGUUUGAAGUGGAAUUAAUUUGAAUUUACCCAUGUCCAGUUUCUUCUAAGCUCUGGAUUUUUGUUUUACCAAUAGCCAGCAACAUGUAUAAUUUCAUGCUAUCUAUUUCAAAAUCACACUUGUCAUCAUUAGACUUUCACUCUAAAAUACCUAUGUCAUCUCAUGAAACUUGUUGACUUGAAUAAAGAGGUAAACUGAGGCAAGCUCGAAAAGAUGAGUUUAUUCAGAAAUAGCAGAGGAAUUGCAAUUCAGGACAAGUGAAAUGUAGCAAGCUACAGGCUGGUCUGUUGAGGGUUUGGGGUAAGUUAUGUUUAUGGGCAGGGAAUGUGAAAAGGGGAGAGUUCAGUUAGAGUCAGUUAAAAUCAAAAACAAAUGGAGACCAGUCUUGAAAAGUUCCUGAGCUGACAAAAUCAGUCCAGUCACACAAACAAAGCUCAAUUCAGCCCACUUUGUGAGACUAACCCAACCUGGGUCAUCUCCCAUUCAUGCCCCUGGCAAAACUUCCCACAGUUGAUAUGAGACAACCUCUGAUCAACCCCCCAUCAUCCAAGAAAAUUUCAACACUAUCAGUUUUCUGUAAAUCAGGAAUUAAUAGGAAAUCAGUCUCUUAGUCCUUAAGUUUUGUCUUCCUGACAGUACAGCACGAGAUUCUCCAUUUUAUAUCUUCGGAUUCUAUUUUAGAUUGAAAUUCUUUCACAAACUAUAUUGUUAUCAUCUAUUCUUUCUCAUCUAAAUUAAUGUUGAAAAGACUUAUGGGUUCUUACUUAUAUCUAACUGAAGUUAGGAUCCUUAUUAGAGUCCUGGACAGAUUUAUGAUACCCAAAUUGACUGUGUUUAAAGUAUUGCAAAAAUAGUGUAAAGGUCAAUAGAUUCUAGGACCAAGUAAUGCAUUGCCUACAAUUGUCCUCUGCUGUUGCAGAGAAAUUCUCAAGUGAGCUCCAAAUUCUGAGCCUAGAGGAGCUUUUGAUGGCACAACAUGGCAAUAUCUACUUGCCUUUGGAUGAUGACAUGUUCAGGUUGAUAAGAAAUUUGAAAAAAAAACCACAUUGUAGAAUUAAUAUUAGUUAACGAAAGAAAGCUUUUUUUAAAAAAUUUUUUUUAAUUUUUAUUUAUUUAUUUUUCCCCCAAAGCCCCAGUAGAUAGCUGUAUGUCAUAGCUGCACAUCCUUCUAGUUGCUGUAUGUGGGACGCGGCCUCAGCAUGGCCGGAGAAGCAG